UAAUCAAAGAAAAUAAAAGAGAGAUAGGUAUGAAAUAGGCAUUCAUAUGAGUCUCUCAAAGUCAGAAAUCAAUAAAUACUACCCUCAAGUCUGAGGCCUAGUGGGAGCUGAUGUUUCUGGACCCUAAUGCCAAUUUGCCCAUAAUUCUUUUGUCUCUUUUUCCUUUACUUUUUCCCUUCAACAAAAGUAAAUAAAGGAGUCAAGAUAACACAAACAUUAACACAAACACCUCACAAGCAAUCAAACCACAAAACUGUGAUAUGAAGAUCCAAUGUGAUGUGUGUGAGAAAGUUCAAGCCUCUUUGUUUUGUCCUUCAGAUGAAGCUGCUCUUUGCCAUGGAUGUGACCUUUCCAUCCACCAUGCCAAUAAGCUUGCAACCAAACACACACGUUUCUCUCUCAUUCACCUUCACUCCAAAGAAUUCCCUCUUUGUGAUAUCUGUCAAGAGAAGCGUGGAUAUGUAUUUUGCCAAGAAGACAGAGCGAUAGUUUGCAGAGAAUGUGACCUUUCAAUUCACAGAGCAAAUGAACAUACAGAGAAACAUAACAGGUUUCUUCUAAGUGGCGUGAAGCUUUCAAGCAAUUCUUUGGAUCCAGAAUCAUCAUCAUCAACAAAUAUAAUAGAGAGAUCGGUUUCGAAUGAAAAUGGGAGUAGUUAUGGUAACAAGGUUGAAGAGAACAUGGGUAGUGAGAGUGGUUCAGUAUCAACAAGCAGCAUUUCAGAGUAUUUGAUAGAAACAAUACCUGGUUACUGUUUUGAAGAUUUUCUCGAUGCUUCUUUUGCUCCUAAUGCUUUCUGUAAGAAUAACUGUUCGGAAUUUAAGGACCAAGAUAUUCAUGUUAGCAAGUAUUUGUUUCCUCAAGUAACGUGUGUACCUUUAGCUCAGGUUCAAUCAACUCAACUAACUAAUCCUAUUCCUUUGAAUCUUCCUCGGAUUGAUUCAACGGUUGGAGUUAAAGAAAUUCCAGGGAAAUCUAGACACUCUCGAUAAUUAACUGUUUGUAAAAAUCUGUUAGAAAAUAACUUGUUUUUCUUUUUUGAGGAAAAUAACCUCUUUAUUUUGCUUUCUGCAUUUCCUUACAAUUCAUUUAUGUUUAUUUUUGCU